AUGGAAUUUAAUGAAAUUUUCAGUUCUUUAAAUAGGCUCAAAAAAGAUAUAGAAAGACAAAGACGGCAGAGAACACUUAACCGUAACAAAAGUAGAUCACGCAGUACCUCUCCUAUUAAUAACUUCAAGACAGAGAACAUUCCUAGCAGAAUAUCUAAAAACCUUGAUUUAGAUUGCUUCUCCAUACCUAAAUCCAGAGAAGAGCUAUUACGCAAUUACGGCUCUACCGCUCAUCAUAGCAAGCUAAAAGCUUAUAAAAUUGAUGCCACCGAAAUCCUAGUCGGAAUUAUUAAAAAAUUCCUGUCACGUCAUUUAAAAGUUUGAAAAUUCAUUAGCGAUUUCAAAGGAAACAUAACAGAUUCUUCAAGACGUACAAAACACACAAAAAAUGAGACUUUUGAAAGCAUUAGUUUUCAAGAUAACUCGGUAAGCUGCCAAACGAACCAAUCCCAUGAAGCAAAACAGAAAAUAAAAAAAUCGCCGUCUCCAUUGAUUUUUGAUAUUGAAGAAAAAGAGGUCAAAAACAUGGAAACGCCUCAUUUAUAUCAGAGGGAAUCUGCAAAGCGAUUGCAAACAUAUAAUAAAGAAGACUAUGCUUGAUAUACGUCACCAAAUAGAAAAAACACUGAUAUGUCUGCUGAUUUAUCUCCUAUUCCAAAAGUCUCAAUGGACAUUUCUUUAGAUGCAUGUUUCAAUCUUUAUGAAAAACUAGACUUCGCUGUAGAAAAAAUGAAGCUGGGUAUAUUUAAAGAUUUAAAAAGAAUUUUUUGUAAGCAGCUUGUAGCUGAGGAGCUCUGAAGCAUAAUCUGCUCAAUAAACCUUAAAAAUCACAAAUUUUCAUUUGAAGCUCUCCUAAAAUAUUCCCUUUACGCUAAAAAACAUAAGAAAAAACCUUCACGGACAAAAUCCAACGUCCCAAGUCUAAAUAUUAAAAAAAUCCUAUCACGGUCCAGCAUAAGAACUCGUACUCAGAAUGAAAUAAAAGCUCCUUUAACACAGUCAUACCGUCAUGGAAGCCGCAAUAAUCAAGGCAAAACAGCCCGUUUCGUAUAUUCUAAUACAGUUACCUCAAAUGAUUCUAUUGAUUAUCCAGCAUCGGCGUCAUCUGAAGACUCUGAAGAAUGGGUCAGAACUAAAAGAACUCGUAAGCCAGCUAUAAACCAUGUGAGGAAAAAAUCAUCCCACGAUAAAAAUGCUGAAUAUAACAGCCCUGAAGAAGAAUCAGGCAAUUUAUACCAUAAAUUGGCACCUCAAAAAUAUUUUGAAUUGACACAGUCAGCACAGAGAUACCAAAGGAAUAAUUCGGGACAUAUUUUUACAAAACAGUCAGAGUCGGAUAUUCCUGAUGAUUAUGAUAUAUGUAGAGAACCAAGCUGCAGUGUUCUUAUUAAGCCAGAAAAAGAAAAUAAUGUGCAUUAUGGAGGGCUGAGUGGGUCUGAAAAUUCGUUUCAUAGCUCUUCAUCGCCUAAUAGGGAAAGAAAAAACACAGGGAGUUUUGCUGAAUUGUCGCCUACAAAAUUGCUUAGUAUGAUAUAUUAAGGUAAAUAUGGGGCAAAAUGCCAGUUAUACUGAAUAUAUUUGGAGGAAAAUGAGUAAAUUCUUAUUUUUAAAAGCGAAAAAAUGAAUUAAAAAAUUAUAGGUCUAAGCCGCCUAUAAGCCGCAAUUUUCAAGAUUUUUCUUCAAUUUCAAAAGCAGACUAUAAAAGUUCCCCAAAUUUGUUUUACCCUUCUGAUUUUUCAUCUAAAGGUCGAAACCACCAAAGAGUUGACACAGUCAGCACACUUUCUUUGGAGCAUGGUACAAUAUCUAUGAAAUCUUCAAAAAAAUACAAAUCAGCAUUUGGGAAGCUAGAAAUAAUUAUAAAAAGAGGAAUUAAAAUCAGGGCAUUUUUAAAAUUGUAUAGAAAUAUGUUCAAGAUGUCUUCAAAACCAAAAAAACUGCAAGAUGCUUAUGAUGAAUUAUCCAAAUUUUAUGAUAGUAAAGCCUCUUUUUCGAAGCUUGCUAAUGUUAUUGGACAAUGAGUACGAAAAAAUAAAAUUUCGGCAAUUAAUGCAUGGAGACUAGAAACAAUAAAAGCGCCUAAAUAUUAUUUUUGCAAAAAUAUAUAAUAUACAGUUUUUGAGAGUCGAAAAACAGGGCCUUGGCUCUCUGGUUUACUAUUCUAUGUCAGAAUUUAUUGCCCUAAAUAUUCUAUUUAGUAGCUUGCGGCUUGGUCUUCUGAAAACUAAUUUUAUACCAAAUUUAAUUUAGCAAACCAACACAUUAUUAGUUUGCUGAAUCUGGUCGGUAUAUGAAAUUCAGUUUCCAUAUAAGAAAAAAUGUCAACAGAUUCUAAAAUAAAUUUUCUGAUACCCUUUUUUAGUCCCUAAAUUAAUUUUUAAUUUUCUAUUAUUCUUGAUCCUAUAUUAGAAAAAGAAUUACUGAGCAUUCUACUAGAGAUUUAGAUGAUAUCAAUAAAGAAGCUAUAAGACUUCAAGAGGCAUCUAUCUCUCUGUCGGCAUGUCACCCCAUCGACAUCGUAUUUUUUAGUUCAUGUCCUAUUUUUCCAGUUCAGUUCAUUUUUAAUGCAUAAUCCAUAAGUCAGCAUUCUACUUGAGAUUUUAGAUGAUAUCGAUACAGAAGCUCUAAGACUUCAAGAGGCAUCUAUCUCUUUGUCGGCAUGUCACCCCAUUGAAUUUUCAGUUUCAUGUCCUAUUUCUCCAGCUUAGUCCAUUUUUUUAUGAAUCAUCUAUACGUCAGAAUUCUACUGGAGAUUUUAGAUGAUAUCGAUACAAAAGCUCUAACACUUCAAGUAGCAUCUAUCUUUUUGUUGGCAUGCCACCCCUUUCAAUCUUGUUAAAAUCCAUCCUGCCUGCUUAAUCAAAAAACCCAUACUUUAUGCUUAGCAGGUAGCUCAUCUGCAAACCAGCUGGAAAUCCAGAAGUUAAAAAAGUAGGCAAACUCAGCAUGCAAGCACAGCGUGCAAACAGAGAGAUAGAUGCCUCUUGAAGUCUUAGAGCUUCUGUAUCAGAAAAUUUAUUUUAAAAUCUGUUGACAUUUUUUCUUAUAUAGAAACUGAAUUUCAUAUCCCGAUCAGAUUCAGCAAACUAAUAAUGUGUUGGUUUGUUAAAUUAAAUUUGGUAUAAAAUAUGUUUUCAGAAGUCUAAGCCGCAAGCUACUAAUAGAAUAUUUAGGGCAAUAAAUUCUGACAUAGAAUAGUAAACCAGAGAGCCAAGGCCCUGUUUUUCGACUCUCUAAAGCUGUAUAUUAUUUAUUUAUUAAAAUUAAUCUAGAAACAAUUCAUUGCCACUAUAAAUCUGAACUUAGAGACAGUUCUUCGAGCUUUUAUUUGUUUAGGACGAAAGCUUCACUUAAAACCUUUUUCGAUCUGAUAGGUAAAAAGAUAACAACAAAUCAGCAGUUAUUUUUUAAUAGCAUUUCUCGUUUGAACAACUAUGAAAAAUCCAAAGCACAUUCUUUACUAUUAUUACAGAGAACUAUGAAGCUUGUUUAUAUUAGAACUUUGACUGACUCUUUUCAAAGUAUUAUUAACUAUGUAAAAUAUAAGCAAAGGCUUGUGAAGAGUGCACGACUGUUAAAUAUAAAUAAAAUGGCUUUCAGCUUGAGAGAAAUUAUAUAUUUAGGGUUUGUUUUUCUCUGCACAGUAAGAGCGGUUUAACUUUCGAGUUAGCCAAAAGAACUGCUCCAUAGUGCAAUCAAAAGGCUCAGAUUUUCACCUCACAGCACAUCCGAGGAAGAUAACCCUUAUGCAGAGCAUGCAGAGAGGCUGAGCCAAGGAGGGUGACGGCAUUAUGCCAUGUUAGAAGUGCUGAUAAGGAUGGCAUGAGGCUUAUUUGAGAUAGUCCGACUUAGAUCGGAAAUGCUUUGGCCUCACAAUUUUAGCUCUUUCCAUUUAGUGGGAGUGUGGCGUUAGACACUUUAAAGACUGUAAAUUACUAUAAUGCACAACUGUUGAUUAAAAAUAUCAAUAAAGAUAUUGAAUUUCGGCUAUCAGUUUGCUUUUAUCAUUGGAUAAGUAUGGCCCAUUUUUCAAAUUAA